AUGGGCAUGACGGAGGUCAAGAUGGAUACUCAGUACCCGAAAAGAGAUGGACGGUCCAGCACCACACGGCGCAGCAGCGUGACGGCGGAAAUCAGACAGGUGCAAAAUGUUGCGCUUGCUGAUGCUACAGCAAAGGCUGGUGUGUCACCAUGGACAAUGGCAAUGUUCAAGCUCUAUCUUUGCCUCUUCAUCGCCACCCUAAAUUCUUGCAUAAACGGCUACGACGGCUCACUCAUGGGCGCAAUCAACGACUAUCGCCAGUACCGCGAGUACUUUGGCUUCGACCUCGACGUCGGCACCCCGGCUACGGGUAUCGUCUACGCCAUCUACACUAUCGGCAACCUAGUCGGCUCUUUCGUCGCCGGCCCAGCAACGGAUUUCCGCGGUAGGAAAUGGGGCAUGUUCAUCGGCUGCAGCAUCAUCAUGGUCGGCGCCUGCGUGCAAGCUACAUGCACCAAUCUCGGCGGCUUCAUGGGCGGACGCUUCGUUUUAGGAUUCGGUGUCGCUAUCACUUCGACUGCUGGACCCGCAUAUGUCAGUGAAAUGGCACAUCCGGUUUACCGGGGCGUUUGUACAGGCGUGUUCAACACGUUCUGGUAUGUCGGUGGUAUUCCGGGUAGUUUUGUGCCAUACGGGACGCAGCACAUUGAUGGCUCGCAGUCAUGGCGGAUCCCACUGUGGUUGCAAAUGGUAUUUGCGGGAACGGUGCUCGUGUGCUCACCGUUCUUGCCUGAGACGCCUAGGUGGUUGAUUGCGAAUGAUAGGCAUGAGGAGGCGCUAGAUACCAUGGCCAAAUUUCAUGGAGAGGGAAGCAGGUAUCACCCAAUCGUCGUUUUGGAGUACAAGGAGAUGGUAGAAGACAUCUCGACGACCGGAAGCGAUAAGCGCUGGUGGGAUUAUAGGGAACUCUUCAACUCCCGCGAAGCCCGCUAUCGUACCAUGCUCGUCAUCUCCAUGGCAUUCUUCGGUCAAUGGAGCGGGAACGGGCCCGUCUCCUACUACUUCCCAACCAUUUUGCGAGGCGCAGGUAUAACCGACCGAAGCACUCGUCUUCUCUACAACGGCAUGCAAAACGUCGUAUCUUUCGCCGGAGCCAUCUUCGGUGCCUUCUAUACGGACAGUUGGGGUCGACGACCGCAAUUACUGGUUUCCACGGCCUGUCUCGUAGUCAUCAUCGCUAUCAAAGACGCCAUGGGCCAGUACAUAUACGACGCGAACAAAACGCCUCAGAUCAAAUCGAACGCGCAGGCUCGCGCUGUCAUCGCAUUCGUCUUCCUCUUCGGCUUCGUGUACUCAACCGGAUACACGCCGCUCCAACAACUCUACCCCGUCGAAUGUCUGCGCUACGAGUCGCGCGCCAAAGGAAUGGCAUUCUACAACUUCUGGGUCAACAUUGCAAAUUUCUACAACACUUUUGUAACAGGAAUAGCGUUCUCUGGCGCAGGUUGGAAGUACUACUUUCUCUUCAUUUUCUGGGACAUGUUCGAAUUCGCCUUCAUCUACUUCUUCUUCGUGGAGACGCGGCGCCGCACGCUCGAGGAAAUCAGCGAGAUCUUCAAUAGCCGCAAGCCGGUCAAGACGAGCUUGAAUCAGACAAGGAUCAUCAUAAAUGCUGGAUAA